AUGCUCGGCCUCCUGGCUUUUGCUGGAGUCGUGCUGAAGCUCUUCCUCAGCCUCACAACUCGAGCUGAAAAGCUUGGAGGAGAGGCCGAGACCCUCUUCAAAUUUGUGGCCAACCGCACGGCAGAACUUUGGUGCGUCUACCCUGUCCUCUUUGCCCUGUGUGAGUGCACGAAAACCUUGCCGGAGGAGUUUGAAGUUGCGGGUUAUGCUAUUGCUGAUGUGCUGGCCAAGUGUGGCAUCCCGAUGAUGGUCUGGGUGUCCACCGUGACGAAUUCCAGAAAGCUGGGCCUCGUUCCUCCCGUGGACUUGGCGGAGGACCGCGAAGAGGCCUUUGUGGACACGGCCCACUAUCCAAAAGAAACUGUUUCUGAUCCCGCGCCAUGA